AUGUCUGAAGAAGAUGACAAGCGGGCAAAGCAAUUGGAAGAGGCUCGCAAAAGAGUUGAGGAAUUGAAGAAUAAGAGAAAAAAGAAGGACAAGAAAAAAAAGAGUUCUGGAAAGGUGACUGAAACAACUGAAACAGAGGAUAUAACAAACGAAAAUGAUGUGGCCGCAGGUUCCGCAGAGAGUGGUGAAGCCCAAACAACUUCUCCGACACCCGCGUUGGAAGACACUUCAAGUCCUUCCUCAGAAGUACUAAAUCAAAGCCCAACACGCGAUGACAAUGCUGAUGAGGUAAUCCCUAAGGAUGCUGUUGAAACUGUUAAAGAAUCCGAGGAAAGCGUCAACAGAGAAUCUGAUGAACUUACUACCACAGAAUCCAUGAAUUCGGCCGUGUUAAGUGCUAGUGCGCCAGUUAUAGACGAGGUUGAUGCCGUUACUGCUCCAGAAACAAGUGAUUCAGUAAAGUCAGCGAAUAAAUCAAUGCCCGACGUUAGUGCAGAAGACUCAAGUCACGAUAUCGAUAAACACGAUGAAGUCCGUAUAGAUACUCAAAAUACUGAUGUGCAUUUACACAACAGCAGGAAAGAUGACAACGGUGCAGAUGAAUUGUUUACGAGCGAUAACCAGGAGCCAGAUUUCCUCACAACUUUGAAAGAGGAAAAAGAGCAGAGCAUUGUCAAAGAUCUUCAAGAACAAGUCGAUAAUCUAAACGCUUUAGUCAAAAAACUGAAAUUUUUGAACAUGGAACAAGAAACGACAAUCGAAGAACUUCAGGAGAAGGUACACGAGCUUGAACAGAAAUGCAAAAACUCUGAAAAUGAACUAAGUAUCACUAAGGAACAACUGGCAAAGAAUUCUUCAGUGCAAAACCUGUACUCAGGGAACAGGGAAGCAAGUAGUUCUACUCACUUCAACAGGCUCACUCCCCAGCCACCGAUAUCCAACAGUCCUCAAGGCCAUUUAGAUGCGACGCCCUUCUUUCAAUCAGCAAUUGAUCGAUCACUCAUCAAUAAAUGGAGCGGCUGGAACCUUGAUAUGACACAGUGGAGAAGUAUCGGUUCAGGAGAAAUUGUAAACUUCUAA